GCAACACGUGUCUGCUGACUCGGAGAUAAGACGGGACUUUCAGAAAGGAUAAAAAUUAUUUUCUACGUUUGGAGAAAAGUCGCAAACAGUACUGAAUCGUUAUCAUUACGUAAAAAUAGACAAUGUCCACACGACUGCAUACGUGCGAACCAAAUGUUAGACCAAACGGUUAACAGCCAUAAUCUUUCGUUGGUGUUUCACUUGUUUUCUGUCGGUUGUGUACCUGCUGUUCGUAUUUGGUCUCUUUGCAAACAAUUUCGACGAAAAUGUCAGAAAAGUUAAGUUCACACGAUAAUAUUUUUGGUUUGCUCGAUAUCACGACACCCCUAAAUACUGCCUUCAAGGGGAUUUAUAUGCGGAGUUUUGCUUUCAUUACGUUGAAAGAUCGAUUGCCUGUAAUCUUAACUAAAGUGAUUGACAUUUUAAGUCGAGAUAAAGAAGAAAUAGGCACCAAAUACGGGAAGGAAUCGCUAGAGGAAUUGAAAGAUGUUAUAGGAUGUAUUAGUAAAUUGAAAAAUGAAAUCGUCACAAAUAAACCACUGAAGCCGUUAUCUCCUGUUCCCGAUGAUGCCCAAGAUGAUUCUAAAAUAUGGAAUGACUAUCUUGAAGAAACUACCAAAAGAGAGGGGCAGCUUCCUACUUGGUUUCAAGUGAUCUGGCUCUAUAGCGAGGGUUACAUGUAUCGCAGGCUUGCUCAGGAUAUCGCCCUCACGAGAACAUUACAAUGUCAUGAUUAUUUUGCAAAACUAAAACAAAAUGAGUUUUGGCAUGCGAAGAAUAACAUUCAUUUUGUAAGUGUAUACCUUGUGGACCUUUUCAAUAGAAAUGAAAACAUUUCAACAGCAGAACGAAAACAUGAAUUUAUUAAGUUACUUAAAUUGAGUUUGUGGGCAAAUCGAUGUGAUUUAUGUUUAAAUGUUGGGACUCCUUCCAACCAAGGUGGAAAUCCAAUUGAAUUGUUAGAAUCUUUUGAAAGUGAUAUCCUUGUAAAUGAUUCGAUGUUUGUGUGGGAUCUUCUAAAUAAAAAUAAGACAGCAGACAUUGUAAUUGUUGAUAUAGUUCUAGACAAUGCAGGAUAUGAACUUUUCGUGGAUUUCUGCUUGGCGAUCUUUUUAAUAGCUCAAAACCUCGCUCAAAAAAUACGGUUGUAUGUUAAACGUAUUCCAUGGUAUGUGAGCGAUACCACUAUUAAUGAUUUCCAUUGGAUUAUUGAGAAAAUGAAGGCGUCUUCCAAUAACGAACUCAAAACGUUAGGGGAAAUUGCUUCGAGUCAUUUAAAAAGUCAUGUAUGGACCAUUGAAGAAGAGUCAUUUUGGACUCAACCUUACGACUAUCCACAAAUGAAAAUUCACGAUCCUGUAUUAUAUGCAAAACUCUCAGAAGCAACUCUAGUGAUAUUUAAAGGUGAUCUGAAUUACCGAAAACUCUUAGCCGAUAUUAAUUUUGCAUACACUACAAACUUUGUACAAGCUUUGCAAGGUUUUUCUCCUACUAACAUUUUGAGCUUGAGAACUAUUAAAUCAAACGGUUGCGUUGGAUUACAACCUGGUAAAGCAGAAUCACUAACAGAAAUGGAUGAAAACUGGAUGAUAACUGGUAGGUACGGUCUUAUUCAAGCCACUGUCGAUACAGGGUGUCCGUGUGCAAAAUAAACGAAAAUUGAUAACUUGGGAACUUUAUAAGAGUCAUAUACGAAAUGGUUCUUAUAAAACCACCUUCUACGGAUUCAAUUUUAUAACAUUUCGAUAUCACCUUUACCUUCACUUAACAUCUACAAGCUCUCUACUCAUAUGUAACGCAAAUAUAAAUGUCAUGACAAACUAUUAACGUGUCUGUCCACCAUAAUUUUUUAUGGAUUCAUUUAAAUAAAAUAUGCACAACAAUGCUUUCGUUUCACUUCCAUGACUUUUCAUAUUGUUUGUAAUUAAUGUACAAAUACUCAACAAGAGAUAUUUAAAAAUGGUUUGAUUGGAAUUUAUUUGCUGAACUAUUACAUGUGCCUUGACGGCAGUGGCAUAGAAUGCUUCAACAGCCGUAGCAUAAUGCUAUCUGGAAUAAUAUUUAUUUUAUUAUUACACUUAGCCAUAAUACAAGUUAUUUAAUUACAUUAACUAAUGUGGUAAUGAUAGUAAGUAACUAUUAUUCGUAAAUGUACGAUGUUCCCUGUUCUAUAAAUUUUUGUACACUUAUUCGCUAUACCUUAUAUCAAAUAAUGCAAAGUGAUAUUCCAAUU